AUGAGCGAUCUACUCAACUACAUCCUUGCCCAUGAGGAUGCAUUCCGAAAAAACCGCCUACCCUCACUUUAUUCUGACUUCACGCUACAAAAGACAACGAACCCGGACGGCUACGCGGUCAAUGUGGGGGCGUGGGAACAAGCAUUGAUAAAGGCUGCGAGGCAGGGGUAUAUUUCUCGGGGCACAGGGUCAGGCCAGGUAAAAACAAACCACCUGGUCUUGAAGGCAAAUGAAUCCCUUCUGCGGGAUCUGGAGAUACCGGAAUUGGGACAGCCGGUUGCGCUUGGUACGGUGGUUGAUGAAGCAGUUGAGAAGCGGACUAUGGUCCCAUUGCAGGUAUACAGAACCAGCGGGGCAAGUCUACGGAAAAAGGGAUGGAUUGAUCCAGGGACUUUGAGCCCGUGGAAUGUCAUGAGCUGGGGUAUGAAGCAGUUACGGGGAAUUGUUGUUGGUUCAGAUGGCUUGGACUCCGCAGCACCGUUGCGAGGACAGGAAUUGGUCCUUGUCGAGAAUCUGCAGGAGGCGGCAAGCCGAGUGGUAAAGCAAGCCACAGCUCAGGCUUCGUCAAAGAUGGACCUCGUAAAUUCUAGAGAGGGGUUCAUGAACGAAUAUGCGGGAAUACUGGAUGCAGGCGUCGAUUUGUCCGAAACAGAUUUUGAUGUUCUAUUGCUCUAUUUAUCCCGCGACAGCGGUUCUAUUGCCUAUGAUGGCAAGACGAUCAAGUUUAGACCAACACCGGAUACACCAACUGAAAUUACCCAGCAGGAUACAACAAUUGCGUCUAUUAAGACACUCAUGUGGACCAUGAUCAAACAAGCGGAUGCUUUAGAAGUGAAGAUUGCCGAGUUAACUGCGACUGCAAAGACGGCGCUGAAUAACAAAAAUCGGAUCUCGGCACUUUCUGCGGUGCGCUCCAAAAAGCUUGCUGAGCACAAUUUACAGCGCAGAUUCGACACCCUGGCACAGCUGGAGGAAGUCUAUUCCAGGAUCGAACAGGCUACAGACCAGGUAGAGUAUAUCCGUGUGAUGGAAGCAAGCACAGGUGUCCUCCGAGGGCUUAAUACUCAAGUCGGCGACGCAGCCAAGAUCGACGAGGUCGUGGAUGAGUUGCGAGAGGAGAUGUCCAAGGUGGACGAAGUUGGAAAUAUCAUGAGUGAAGCUGGUCCCGAGAUUGAUGAGACUGAGAUCGACGACGAACUUGAAGCCCUUGAGCAUAAGGACCAGGAGGCCAAGGACGAAGAAGAGGCGGAAGAAACCCGCAAGAAGCUUACCGAACUGGAAAGCUUGGAACGGACUACCAAAGAGGCUGCGCGACCAGAACGGGAUUUGGAUUCGGCACUAACGGACAGGCUCUCGCAAAUGUCGGUCGAGGAUGUUCCCGGUGCUGCCCAUUAG